AUGACCACUGGACGGGCACGGCGCGCGCGUCCGGCUGCGUCACCCAACGGCGGGAGAGCCGCCGGGCAGCGGCGAGGGGCCCGCAGGCGGUCGGCGGUGCGAGGGCCACAUAACAGGCAGCGGUUGAGAAGUUCCGCGCGGGUGCGAGCGUCUGUCGCCGCCACGGAGCUUUGCCUCGCCGCCUGCCUCGCCACCACCGACGGCAUCCGCGACGGGGAGGAGCAGGCGAGCUCCGUCCUUUCCGAGGUUGACGUCAUCAACGACGUCAUUCAGGAGUUCCUCCUGGAAAGCGAGGAGGACGACGACGAGGUGGAGGAGUUCAACCACAUGGCUAUCUUCCACGCCGCCAAACCCUUUCUGAACUGCUCGCGUCGCAGAAAAGACGGCCGGGUAGGCGAGACACGAAAAGUAUUUUCUGUGCCGCCAUCUCGGCCCGCGGCUUCCGGCACCCUCUUCGAACCGGGACUGACGCUUGCGGAGGCGAUGCUCCCCAACCACGGCGGCGUGCGAUGCCGUCGUUGGCGCUCCAAGGCACUACUGCCGUGUGACAGGGGCCUGCCGCUUGCCCCGCUCUGCAUUGUAGUGGACCUGGAUGAAACCUUGGUGCAGGCGCGCGGAGAGUGCGUGCAUCCUCGACCCUACGUUAAGGAAUUCCUAGAUGUUUGCCACACGGAGGGUUGCGAAGUGGUGGUGUGGUCCGCGGGGGUGCCGUCGCACGUGAACACGGUUGUGCGUGCCGUGGCGAAGGCAUCGCAGCGAACGGAUUGGUUCCACCAUGUCAUCAGUCGCCAUGACAAGUGGUACCGCGGGGAGGGAGACGGCGCGAAGGACCUCUCUUCCCUCGGCCGAGCGGUGAACCGCGUACUGAUGAUCGAUAACAGCCCACGCUCCAUUCAGCUGCACCCGCAGCAUUCUGUCCUCGUGGAGGACUACAACCAACCAGCUUCGCAGGAUAACACGUUGCGAGUAGUUUCGGACUUGGUGCGACGCCUGGUGGCUGCUCUGAGGGGCGUCGAAAUGACAUCCAGUGUGAGCAUUCCCAGUUUGCUUGCCGAGGACGCCGCGUUAGUCGACCUCUUGCUGCGUUUCUCAGGACCUUCCAAUGGCGAAAUAACUGUACGCGGUAGGGGACUUCGCUACUCGCCACAGACGGAAUUUGCGCGUCGAAGUUACGGGGGCGAGCAUCCCUUGCUGCCUCGGCGGAGUGGGGCGUGA